CAGACAGCGGCCAGCAAAAGCCACAGAAGAACGCAACAAUGGAGUUCGAGAAGAGGAAAGCUGCGACAAUGGCGUCUCUCGGGUGCACUGAGACCGACAAGUCCCCGAAAGGCAGUCUCGACGCCCCAAUCAUCCCUCUCCUCGCCGCCAUCAACUCCCAUCCCUGCUUCUUUACCACCAGCUCCUGCAGCGGCCGCAUCUCCAUCCUCUCCCAGCCCUCUUCCUCCGCCCCCGCCGAGAAGAAGAAGGCCCGCGGCGGCACCUGGCUCUACAUCUCCCACUCUCCCGCCGACCCCGACUCCAUCCUCUCCCUCCUCUUUCCGCCCGUCCCCGCUCAACCUCCCUGCGAUCUGGUGUUCCGGUUCGAGCCGCUGAUUCUGGCGAUUGAGUGCAGAGACUUGGACUCCGCGCAGUUUCUCGUGUCGACUGCCAUCUCCUGUGGGUUCAGGGAGUCGGGUAUUACGAGUGCCAACGGGAGAAGGGUCAUCGUCGCGGUAAGGUGUUCGAUUCGUUUAGAGGUGCCGCUUGGGCGUAGUAAUGACAUUGCCGUUUCGAGGGAGUACGUACGGUUUCUCAUUGAGGUCGCGAAUGAGAAGAUGGAGGCUAAUAGGAGAAGGACUGACGGGUUUCUUCAGACAUUGUUACAGAAAAAUGGUUUUGGCGAUACCCCAGUGAAACUGGUCAAUGGCACUGGGGAUGGGGAGAGUUUGGAAUACAUCGAGGAUCUUGGCAAGGAUGCACCUUUGGAUAAAAGUGAUGGAUACAGUGAAGUUCACGAUUGUAGCCUUUCUGUUGCUUGGCUAAACGUUCGUGGUGAGCCAAUUGAGAAGCUAUUUCUCUGGGGUCACUCUGCUUGUGUAAUUGAUAAAGGAAGCACCAAAAAAGUUCUAGUGCAUGGCGGUUUUGGAGGAAUGGGAAGGCAUGCAAGGAGAAAUGACUCGUUACUGCUGGACCCAUUAGAUGGGACUGUAGAAGCAAUUGAUACUGCGGGGGCGCCAUCUCCACGUAUGGGUCACACGGCAUCAUUGAUCGGAGAACAAAUGUUUGUCAUUGGUGGUAGGGCUGAUCCUACAAGUAUUCUUAGUGAGAUCUGGGCCCUGAAUACUGCUACUAAUCAGUGGACACUAUUAAACUGCAGUGGUGACUCUUUUCCUCCAAGGCAUCGGCAUGCGGCAGCUGUUUUAGGCUCAAGGAUCUAUGUGUUUGGUGGACUCAACAAUGAUACUAUAUUUUCAUCCAUUUUUGUAUUGGAUGAGAAAGAUUUAAGAUGGGAAGAGUUAAAGGUGGGCGGAGAACAGCCCUGCGCUCGUCACUCACACUCUAUGGUGGCAUUUGGUUCUCAGAUUUUCAUGUUCGGAGGGUAUAAUGGGGAAAAGGCACUCGGGGAUUUGUACAGUUUUAAUGUCAAAACUCGUGUUUGGAGGAAGGAGAAGGCAUUGGGAAGAAGUCCUUAUGCAAGGUUCUCCCAUUCGAUGUUUGUUUACAAACACUGUCUAGGAAUUAUUGGUGGCUGUCCUGUUAAACAGCAUUUUCAAGAGUUAUCAUUACUUGAUAUGCACUCACAAAGUUGGAAGCAUUUCUCCCUCAAUUCAGUAGGAAAAGAAUUGUUUGUUCGAAGCACUGUCAGUGUUGUUGGCGAUGAUCUUGUUAUUGUUGGUGGUGGAGCAUCUUGUUAUGCAUUUGGAACAAAGUUCAGUGAGCCAAUGAAAAUUGCCCUGCAUACUCUUGCUGCUUCAAAUCAAUUCCAUUUUAAUUGUCAGCAGGUUCAACAACUUGAGAACCCCCAGAAUCUUAGGGAAGUGUUGGGCUCAAGUUCUGAGGACGGAAAAGGUCUAUCUGAAACUUGGAAAAGUGCUUCAAAUUGGUAUCUACAGUUUGAAAGAAAACAUGCGAAACUAGGGAAGGACUUGUUGAAGAAAUUUGGGUGGCUGGACCAUGGGAGGAAGGUAUGUUCCAGCAGCGAUGGCACCCGCAUUUGCUUCCCUGUGACCGAGAAGUUGUACAUUCUGUUCCAUGAGAAGGGACGGGUAGAUCCUUCAAUAGACACUUCUCAUGGGUCAGAGUCAAACAUAGUCGAAUUGCCUCCCUUGAAAGAAUCUGUAGGGCAGGGAAUUUCAUUGAAUGAGAUCUCAAGUUCAAAAGCCUUGAAUCUUCUGAAGCAACGCGGUGGGACAAUUUUGGCCUAUGAGACUGCUGAAUUCAGAAAAAGUGUGAGGUCUCCAUCUAUCGUCAUAAAACAAGCUGCAGUUUCCUUGAUUAAGCAGAAGGGCUUACCAGAAAAACUUCUAGAGCAGCUUCCUUCCAGGUGGGAGAGAUUGGGGGAUAUUGUUGUGCUUCCUGGGACAUCCUUCAAAGAUCCACUCUGGGAUACAAUAGGUGAUGAGCUCUGGCCUAUUAUUGCCAAAGCUCUGAACACCAAUCGCCUUGCUCGCCAAGGCUGUGUUGCGCCUACUGGUACAAGAGAUAGUACUUUGAAGAUGCUUGUAGGGGAUAAGGGAUGGGUUGUUCUUCGCGAGAAUGGUAUUUUAUAUUCCUUCGAUGCCACCAAAUGCAUGUUCUCUUGGGGCAAUCUUUCGGAGAAGCUCCGCAUGGCUUGCCUAGAUUGUGGAGAUGAAAUCAUUGUGGACUUAUUUGCUGGAAUCGGAUAUUUUACGCUGUCCUUUCUUGUGAGGGCUAAGGCAAAAUUGGUCUAUGCUUGCGAGUGGAACCCUCAUGCAAUUGAGGCUCUGCAUCAUAAUCUAAAAGCCAAUUCAGUGGCUGACCGUUGCAUUGUUCUUGAGGGGGAUAACCGGAUAACAGCACCAAAGGGAGUUGCUGAUCGAGUCUGUCUUGGUCUCCUUCCAUCAAGUGAAGGCAGCUGGGUGACAGCUGUAAGGGCAUUAAGGAAGGAGGGUGGAAUGCUACAUGUUCAUGGGAAUGUGAAAGACUCGGAUGAGAAUACAUGGGUUGAGCAUGUGGCCAAUUCUAUUCAUAGCAUUGCUACUUCAGAAGGACGCUGCUGGGAAGUUACAAUAGGACAUGUGGAGAGAGUAAAAUGGUACGCUCCACAUAUUCGCCAUCUCGUGGCUGAUGUUAGAUGCAAAGGGAAUCAGAGGUAACGCUGUGCUUUUCAGAAAAUGGAUUCCUAUUCGAAGAGUGCAUAACCACAUGGACAAGCUCACACUAACCCGUCAAUUUUGAAUCUGAUUCGGGAUUUUCCUUGGGAGGCAUCGGGAAGGAAUUGGAAUGGAAUAAUAUCGAUUCAUACAAAGGUUGAUCUCCGUGCUCCUCUCAGGAUACAACCCUCUUUCUGCUGAGCCCCCUUUCUCCUUGGUCCAUAGCACAGAGACAAAAUGUAGGAUGGUGCCAGAAGUUACUCCCGGGAGAAAGGACUCACUUAGUCGGGAUCACUAACAUAUACUAAUCUAAUACUAAUAGAAUAGAAAAUACUUAUAUAAUUGAAAAGAACUGUCUUUUCUGUAUACCUUUCUCGGUUCCGUUGCUACCGCUGGCUCUACGCAAAUGAUCGGAUAUAAGUGCUUCUUUUCUGAUUGUCGGAAUUCUUCCCUGAAAAAUGGGAUUGCCUUUAGAGUUAGACUAUCUUUCUUUGUAAAGCCAUAGUCAUAAAUUAAGAUUCUUGUGGUGGUAUGAAAGGUUCUUUAGCCUUCUAAUA